CACACCCUAAGAAUUAAACUAGGGUAAGCUGAAAACUAUUUUAAAAUGGUGAAUAAUUGAAUGAGUUACAAUAUAGGAAAUCUACCUAUUUAGACAAUCAUCCUUACCAUAGCUACUAAAUUUCACUAUACUUUAGAAUAAUUACAUCAUCUCUCGCUCCUUCUCGGAUAGAUCAGUGGAUAUUAAUACUCGAUACACAAAUACAUGAAAUUAUGAAACACAAAUACAAAGAAGUAGAGGAACGAGAGAGGGAGAGAAGUGAGAUAUAUUCGUUAGAUAUAGUAUAUCUAGAGGAAAAUAUUCGAUAUCUAGAGACAACUCGGACAAAAUACGUAAUUAUUAUUGAAACUAUGGAUGCGUUGAGUAAUUAGCAUCUAUACUAGUGUGCUUUAUAAAAGUUGUUCAAUUUACCCAUUAUUAAAUUAUCUUAAGCUCAAUUCAUAAAAAUCUAAGAUGGAUUGAGCGGGUCCUUUUUUUGGGCUUAGUUUGACACCCCUAGGCUAACCCACUUUAACCUAUCCAAUUUCAGGCCAACUGCUCAUUUUAUACCCCUAGGCUAGCCCAUUUGUUUUAGGACAAAUCCAUGAAAAUUAGGGAAGAAAAUUAGAAAAGAUGACAACAAUUGCGUUAGAACCUUACGCUUAUGUGAUGCAGUGCGAACUACAACUCAAGUCGCAGUUUCUCUCUUCAGCACGACCCAAAAGAACUUUUUAUAUAUAUAUAAAUAAAUAAUAUAUACUAUAAAAAGAAGCCUUGUUUGUAGACAAAAUUCAGGUUUCUGAGUGUCAUGGUCUAAAAUAGCCUCUACCCCUUUUUAUUACUCCUGUAAUAUUCUGACUAUCAACUUCACAAAAUGCCAAAAAAUAUUUUAAAACCUUAAUAAUAUACAAAUUGUCAACAGGUGCAUAUGAAUAUGAUGCGAUUUUUGGAAUUUUAUAUUCCACUCAAAGAAAGAAUUCUCAAACACACAUGUCCUUUUCUUGUUCAAGAGUUUCCGCCUCUUUUCCUUUUUUUACUUUGUUUUCUUUCAUCUAGACCUGUAAUUUUUAGUCUGCGGAAAGUUUCAGCUUUCAAGGUUAUUGAAUGGAAGUUACCAAUAAGAUUGGUGUAAAAUAUUUAUCCCUUUUUUAUUCAUUUGAAAUUUCUCCUUCUAGUUGUGAACAAAUGAAACUUAUUAUCGUCCCACUCGUCUAAGUUGAAAAGUGAAAUUUUCUAUAGUAAAAUAAUCACAGAAAAGUCUUAUAAAGCAUGAGCAGCCAUUUCUUUUUUCGUUUAUAACAAUUCUCAAGUUUGUCAUCUUUUGUUAGUCAAAACUGGAUUAACUUUGACACUUGAACAACUCAAUUGAAUCAUAUAUUUUGCCAAACUCUUCUAAUACAUAGGUUCUCCAACCAACAUAGUCUAUCAUUGAUGAGUUCUCACAAAUGCAUGCUCAAAACUUCCCUCUUCCUCUGCUCCAUUCCAUCAUCUCCUUCCUAUGCUUCUUGAUCACGUCCUCGCCAUCCUAUGGCCAAGAGGAUAAACAGUAUUCCACUUGUAAUAGCUCCUACACCUGUGGGAAUAUUCAAAAUAUCAGCUUCCCUUUCUGGGGUGGCGAUCGACCUCAAGAAUGUGGUCUUCCACAAUUCAAGCUUACAUGUGAAGCCAAUCAGGAUCCCCUUAUACAUAUCGAUGGUCAUAAUUUUCGCGUACUUGGCAUCAAUGGAGACAAUCAAACCAUGAGAAUUGCACGAAAUGAUCUUGAGGAAGACAUUUGUCCUGAUAGAUUCGGUAACACUAGCUUUAAUGAUCCCCUAUUACGCUAUGGUCCUGACUUUGGGAUUCUCAUCCUGUUCUAUGCUUGUCCUUUUGAUAUACCUUCUGAAUGGAAAAAUUUCACCUUUAGCUGCAAUAACACUGGAGAGUCCAGUCAUGGUUUCUAUCCAGAUCAGUCAUUUAUAUCAUUCUGGGGACCGCAGUAUGGGAGUUGUGAGCGUAAUGUCAUAGUUCCUGUGUUGUUAACGGCAUUUAAGCGGUUCCAAGACCAAGGAAGUACGAAAAUAUUGGAGCUAUUGAAGCAAGGGUUUGAUGUGGUUUACAACAAAAGCCUAGUAUGCAUGGCUUGUGAGAGAUCAGGGGGGUUAUGUUGGUCAGAAACAGAUUUUGCAGAGCCAACUUGCCUUUGUCGGGACCGGACUUAUUCCUAUUACUGCGGUUUUGUACAGGAACAAGGUGAUAAAAGAGAUAUCAGAGUGAAGGUUGCCGUAGGUGUAACUGCAGCUGCAUUCACUGCCAUUGUGGCAUGUGUAAUUUUCUUUCUCUAUUAUCGUCGACAGAAGAAAAGUCAUGCUGGUUCGUCUUUGAUAACCAGAAGUAUCCUUUCCUAUCCCUCCUCAACAAUGGACCCUGAAAAAUCUUCUCACUAUUUGGGAGUUCAUGUCUUCGACUACAAUGAACUGGAAGAAGCCACAAACAGUUUUGAUUCCAGCAAAGAGCUAGGAGAAGGUGGAUUUGGCACAGUAUAUAAAGGUAAACUUCGAGAUGGGCGUGUUGUUGCUGUAAAGCGUUUAUAUGAGAACAACUACAAGAGGGUUGAGCAAUUCCGAAAUGAAAUUGAAAUCCUCACUCGUUUGCGCCAUCGAAAUCUAGUUACCCUUUACGGAUGCACAUCUCGCCAUGGCCGUGAGCUUCUUCUUGUGUAUGAAUAUAUUUCCAAUGGUACUGUUGCUGAUCAUCUUCAUGGGGAAUUCUCAAAGCCUGGAUCGCUUUCAUGGAAUACACGAAUGAGCAUUUCCAUAGAAACGGCAAGCGCGCUAGCCUUUCUCCAUAAUUCAGAGGUCAUUCACCGAGAUGUAAAAACUAACAAUAUCCUCCUAGACAGUAAUUUCUGCGUCAAAGUAGCUGAUUUUGGAUUGUCUCGGCUUUUCCCUACUGAUGUUACACAUGUCUCAACAGCUCCACAGGGUACCCCUGGAUAUGUUGAUCCCCAGUAUCACGAAUGCUAUCAACUCACCAGUAAAAGUGAUGUUUAUAGUUUCGGGGUGGUAUUAAUCGAGCUUAUAUCCUCUCUGCCAGCUGUUGAUAUCUGUAGGCAUCGACAGGAAAUAAAUCUAUCAAAUAUGGCAAUUAACAAGAUUCAGAGCAACGCAUUACAUGAGCUGGUUGAUUCAAAUCUUGGUUUUGACUCCAAUGACUUGGUAAAGUUGAUGAUCACUGCCGUGGCAGAGUUGGCUUUCCAGUGUCUUCAGAACGACAGGGAUUUGAGACCAUCCAUGCCAGAGGUUUUGGAAGCUCUACUGGGAAUUCAGAGUAUGGAUAAAACAGCAACAGAAAUAGGGAAGCCAAGUCCCGGUGAUGAUGCUGGAUUGUUGAAGAAUCACACAUUAUCUCUCUCACCCGAUUCAGUUAUUUCAAAAUGGACUAGCAGUAGCAGUUCAACAACACAUGCUUCCAGUAUUGGCUAAGUUUAUGCCCUUAGUUUGUCUAGUUUGUGGUUUUCUUGAUAGUGAUUCUUCAGCCACCUGCUCUAUUGGUCGCGGAAGGUGAAUUUUAGUGUCUUUCCUUUGAGUACUUUGGACCUUUUUCUAUCUUAAAGAGGUUGUACAUAUCUCGUAUGCAGCAAUUUAAAUUUAUCAAUACUAAUUCAAUUCAUUUCUUAAAUUCUUUA